CAUGUAUCUAGCUCGAAGGCUCCACGCUUCGAGGAUUCAACGCAAAGCUCCGAUUUUUACGAUCCGUGAUCGCUCUCCGAGUUUCCCGGCACCGGCUCCGACGCCGCCGUGCGGAGGGUCUUCGCGUUGAUUACUGAGGGGGGCGAUCAGAUGACGCUCGAUUCCGGCUGCUCCAAUGGUGGCGGCGGGGGCGCUUCUCUGCAAUCCAUCUGCUACGAGCGCGGUUCCCUCCGGUUGCUCGACCAGAGAAAGCUUCCUCUGGAAACAGUCUACCUGGACAUAAAAGAUGCUGCCGAUGGAUGGCAUGCGAUAAAGGAGAUGGUGGUACGUGGAGCGCCGGCUAUUGCUAUUGCAGCCGCACUUUCUUUGGCAGUGGAAGUGUCUCGUUUCGAUGCUUUUAGUGGGACAGCUGCCGAUGCGGCCUCUUUCCUCGUUGGGAAGUUGGAUUAUCUUGUUUCAAGUCGGCCAACUGCCGUGAAUCUAUCUGAUGCUGCGACAAAACUGAAGGAAGUCAUCUCUGAUGCUGCUGCAACAGCUUCGGAAGCCAAAAAUAUUUUUCAGGCUUAUACAGAAGCUGCUGAAGUCAUGCUAGAAGAGGAUGUUGCUUCAAACAAAGCAAUUGGUAGCUAUGGAGCCACAUUCCUUAAGCUAAAUCAGAAAAACACCAAAGGACUCUCUGUGUUGACCCAUUGCAAUACUGGCAGUCUUGCUACAGCUGGAUAUGGUACAGCCCUAGGCGUAAUCCGUGCACUUCAUACUGAAGGGGUUUUGGAAUGGGCUUAUUGCACAGAAACACGCCCAUUCAACCAAGGUUCUCGGCUUACAGCUUUUGAAUUGGUACAUGAGAGAAUACCAGCUACCCUUAUUGCAGACUCUGCGGCAGCAGCACUAAUGAAGGAAGGAAGGGUGGAUGCGGUCAUCGUUGGAGCAGAUCGUGUGGCUGCAAAUGGCGAUACUGCGAACAAGAUUGGAACUUACAGUCUUGCCUUGUGUGCAAGGCAUCAUAGUAUUCCCUUUUAUGUGGCUGCACCUCUGACUUCUGUCGAUCUGUCUCUUUCUUCGGGUCAAUAUAUUGUUAUUGAAGAACGAUCCGCAAAAGAAUUGCUGAACUCACGUGGAGGCCUCGGGGAGCAAGUUGCUGCAUCUGGAAUAUCUGUCUGGAAUCCUGCCUUCGACGUUACACCUGCAAAUCUUAUAGCUGGUAUCAUAACCGAGAAGGGUGUCGUCACCAAGAACGGCAGUGAUGCUUUUGACAUGAAAGCAUUUGCACUUCAGCUAAAUGGUAAGUGCUGAGAGUUUGGGUGUGACAAGAUAGUCGUGUGCUUUGUCUUAGCUGUAACUCAAAGGUCACUUAGAAAUUGAAUAAAUUGUCGAGGCGGCUUUGUUA